CAACCGCGGCUCAUCCUCGAGGGCGGAGACAGGUGGCAUUUGAGUCCUCCGGUAUCCCAGCAGGCAGUGCAGCCUAGAGAUGCUGACAAAGGACCGGAGGAGCAGUCGCAGCUGCUUUCCAGGAGCUGGUGUUGCCGAGUUGCCAAAAUGCUUUGGAGUUUUUAACUGACUUUAAGAAAAGUCCGAAAUAGAUUUGAAACUGUCAAAACAGAAGCUGCAGCAAGGGGGAUUCAGUGCCAAUGCAUCAACAAAAAAGACAGCCAGAGUUAGUGGAAGGAAAUCUUCCGGUGUUUGUAUUUCCCACGGAGCUAAUAUUUUAUGCAGAUGACCAGUCAACACAUAAGCAAGUGUUGACUCUGUAUAAUCCCUAUGAGUUUGCCUUAAAGUUCAAAGUUUUGUGUACUACUCCAAAUAAGUAUGUUGUCGUUGAUGCUGCAGGUGCAGUAAAGCCUCAGUGUUGUGUGGAUAUUGUGAUUCGCCAUAGAGAUGUUCGAUCCUGUCACUAUGGUGUAAUAGACAAAUUCCGCCUCCAAGUUUCCGAGCAAAGCCAGAGGAAGGCUUUAGGAAGGAAAGAGGUUGUGGCUACUCUUCUCCCAUCGGCAAAAGAACAACAAAAGGAAGAAGAGGAAAAAAGAAUAAAGGAACACUUAACUGAAAGUUUAUUUUUUGAGCAGUCAUUUCAACCAGAAAACAGAACUGCCUCCUCAGGACCUAGUUUACUGACUGUCUUCCUGGGAGUGGUGUGCAUUGCGGCUCUGAUGCUUCCCACGCUGGGGGAUGUGGAAUCGCUGGUGCCUCUCUACCUCCACUUAAGUGUGAAUCAAAAAUUAGUAGCUGCUUAUAUCUUAGGUCUUAUCACAAUGGCUAUACUUAGAACAUGAGCAAGGAAUUCAGUUGGCUUCUGAAGUAAAUUUAUCUUGAAAAUAUGAAUGUAGACUGCCUUUUAUCUCUAUUUCACUCCAUUAACGUGGUACAAACUAUUGAAUGAUUUACAAUAAUUGUAAAUGUAUAAUAUAUAUUUUAAAUUACUCUAUAAUUUUAUUCCAAGGACUCCAACACAUUAUGGUACAGACAGCAAGGAUGCUUCUGAGUGACACUUAGGAAAUUAUUUGAAGAAAUUCUUUUUAUAUCUAAGUCCACUGUGCAAAGGACUUUAAUUAAGACAUUUGUUAUAUUCUCUUUUCUAAUUCACUUUGAUUGUUGAGGUCAUGUGUCCCUCAAAGUUAAAGGCCUAAAAGAGCAAACUGACCAGCUUAAAAAUAAAAUUACAUUUCCUAGCUAUGAACAUCAAUGUUACGAUGUAAAUUACAUCUUGUCCUCUAUCAUUAUAAACAGUUGCCAUGGUGUUUUUAAAAUAAGAGUUUUACAGUUAACGUGUAGAAGGUAAAAAAAAAAGCCUAAAGUACUGACAGCUCAUGCUUAUCUGAGGGUCUCACA